UGAGGUACCGAGAGUCACUGAGGCGCGCCGCGGCCGGGCGGUUGCCCGGGCGACCAGGGGCGCGGGGUCACGGCGGCGCUCCCGGCCUACCCCGCGCGGCGCCGCGCCGGAAGUGAGUGAGCAUUUCCGGCCCUGCUCCUCGCGGCGCGGCUUGUGUUGCUGUCGCUGCCCGGGGUCUCGCCGUCAUGAAGGACGUUCCAGGUUUCUUACAGCAGAGCCAGAGCUCCGGGCCCGGCCAGGCCGCCGUGUGGCACCGUCUGGAGGAGCUCUACACCAAGAAGUUGUGGCAUCAGCUGACACUUCAAGUGCUAGACUUUGUGCAAGAUCCCUGCUUUGCUCAAGGAGAUGGCCUCAUUAAGCUUUAUGAAAACUUCAUCAGCGAAUUUGAACAUAGGGUGAAUCCUUUGUCCCUGGUAGAAAUUAUUCUUCACGUAGUGAGACAGAUGACGGAUCCUAAUGUGGCUCUUACUUUUCUGGAAAAGACGCGUGAGAAGGUGAAAAGUAGUGAUGAGGCAGUAAUCCUGUGUAAAACCGCAAUCGGGGCAUUAAAAUUAAACAUUGGAGACCUACAGGUUACAAAGGAAACAAUUGAAGAUGUUGAGGAAAUGCUGAGCAAUCUGCCUGGUGUGACAUCGGUGCACAGUCGUUUUUAUGAUCUUUCUAGCAAAUACUAUCAGACCAUUGGGAACCAUGCAUCCUACUAUAAAGAUGCUCUGCGAUUUCUGGGUUGUGUCGACAUCAAGGAUCUUCCAGUGUCUGAGCAACAGGAGAGAGCUUUCACGCUGGGACUAGCAGGACUUCUUGGCGAGGGCGUUUUUAACUUUGGAGAACUCCUAAUGCAUCCUGUACUGGAGUCGCUGAGGGGCACAGACCGCCAGUGGCUGAUUGACACACUUUACGCCUUCAAUAGUGGCAACGUUGAGAGGUUCCAGACUCUGAAGACUGCCUGGGGACAGCAGCCUGAUUUAGCAGCCAAUGAAAACCAGCUUCUGAGGAAAAUUCAAUUACUGUGCCUCAUGGAGAUGACUUUCACACGACCUGCCAACCACAGACAGCUCACCUUUGAAGAAAUUGCCAAAAGUGCUAAAAUCACUGUAAAUGAGGUGGAGUUGCUGGUGAUGAAGGCGCUAUCAGUGGGACUGGUGAAAGGCAGUAUUGAUGAAGUGGAUAAGCGAGUUCACAUGACCUGGGUGCAGCCUCGAGUAUUGGAUCUGCAACAGAUCAAGGGGAUGAAGGACCGCCUGGAGUUCUGGUGCACCGAUGUGAAGAGCAUGGAGAUGCUGGUGGAGCACCAGGCCCAUGACAUCCUCACCUAGUACCCUUCCCCAUACCUGUCUAUGGGCGUUUCAUGACUGAGGAACCUCGCUGUUGAGAAGAUGUGCUUUACAUCAAGGGUGAGGGUUGGGAUUCUGUUUAGAGUAGUGACUGUCCUUGCUGUAAAAGCUAGGGAGCCUGGCCAAAGGGGGACCUUCCUUCAUGGGUGUCUCUGUAGCGUGGAGACCUGAUGGAAAGGAUCCACCGGGUCUCAGGUGAUACGGCAGGCAAGGGUGAGGAUGCCUCAAGAAAGACCCCACAGUAUGCGAAGAAGGUUGUCUCCAAGGUUGUCUCUGACAGAUACACCUCAUGAACAUCUUUUCCAGUUUGGCUUCAGAAUGUUCGUGUAAUAAACAUCUUUGCUUUCUCCUUU